CUGGGAAUGGUGUGCACCGUGCCCAAAGGGGUUGACUCGGGGACAGAACGGCGGUGCAAACAUCCAACACGUGAUGCAAACAUUGCGAGGAGUUGCAGAGUCAACGGAGGGAGAGAGAGAGAGGGGAAGAACUUUGCUGAAGUUUGGAGCACACAAGUGACUGCCCCCUUUGUCCACGGGAACGGGGCUCUUGCCCUUUCCGCCUCCUUCCACGCAUAAAGGCUCCCCGCCAAGGGCUGCGAGCACUGCAGAACUGCCGAUGGCUUUGAGUGACAAGGUUGCGCUGGUGACCGGAGCGGCGCAGGGGAUCGGCAAGGCGUUCAGUGCCGCGCUGCUGCGGCAGGGCUGCAAGGUCGUGAUCCUGGAUAUGAACGCAGUUGCGGGUGAAGCCUGUAAGAAUGAUCUGGAUACGGAAUUUGAUAGUGCGAACAGUUUAUUCAUUGCAUGUGAUGUCGGAUCGGAAGAGCAGCUGAAAUGUGCUUUUAAGAAGCAAUUGAACCACUUUGGAAGUUUGGAUAUACUAUGUAACAAUGCCGGAAUAAACAAUGAGAACAACUGGGAACAAACAAUCAACGUUAAUUUGACCUCUGUGAUCCGAGGAACAUAUUUAGCUUUGGACUACAUGAGCAAACAGAAUGGUGGGAAAGGAGGAAUUAUAGUGAACAUAGCCUCUUUAGCAGGUAUAUACCCAGCACCACAUGGACCAGUGUACACAGCCACAAAGCAUGGUGUAGUUGGCUUCAGCAGGGCUAUAGCAGCAACGUCGAAGCUGGCGGGCUACGGAGUCCGGAUCAACACCAUUUGUCCAGCCUUUGUGGACACUCCGCUGCUUAGCUCUGUGAACAGCAAGGAAAUGAUGGGAAAUUAUUACAUAUUCAAGGACACUGUCCAAAAGUUGAUUGACUUCUAUGGAAUAUUAGACCCUUCAUUAAUUGUUCAGGGACUGAUGAAGAUAAUUCAAGAGGAAGACUUGAAUGGGGCCGUAAUGAGGAUAACCAAGACGAAGGGAAUCCACUUUGAAACCUAUGAAUCAGCACUGAUUCAGCCAGAACUAAAGUAAACCAUCGCCAAGAAGUGCCGGGCCUUGCCGGGAAUGCGCUGUUCCUGGCUGUGAACUCAGCGGGGGAGAGCGUGAAGUGAAAAACUGUGCUUUGGCACAUGUGCCACCAAUAGUGCACAUUCAUUCCUGUCUUAACUUAUUUAUAACUUAAUUGUGUUUAUGCAGUCAUGGAAUGCAAGAUCAUUGUGGAUUCCUUCAACUAAUUUUGAUUUAAGCUAACUGAGAGCAAUUUUUGAUGCUCUUUCUAUUGACAAGGUUAUCUGCGCAUUGUAUACUGCAGAAGAACUCCAGACCCAUUCAAACUUCAGGCUAAAAUGACAGAUUAUCAUACAAAUCGCAUCAAAAUCAAAGCUUGUUUUUAUUCACAAGGUGCCUUUAAUAUAACGACGAAUGCAAAGUAUUAGAAAAAGUGACUCAAAACUCCAGUGGAAACAUCGGUUUUAGAAGGUAUUUUAGAGGAGGGGGAGAUAAGGUUUCCAUGAGAUCGAUCUUUGCAAGACUGAAAAUCCCUAUGGUAGUACACCUCAUUACAGCAGCACCAAAGAUUAGACCCAUGAUUAGACCCAUAGAAGCUGCAGAGAACAGCCCUCUGCAUUGUUGAGUGCUGUUUACCAACUAACUCCCUGGAAGAGUCGAAAGGGUAGACGUUCUUUGCCAGCUGUCCCAUGUAUUGGAGAAUUCCAGACACUGAGUUCAAGACUUCUUGAGGGACAAAGAUUUAGAACUUCUGUCCUAAUGGCAAAAUAUGAUUCCCAUGAAAGAAAAUGGGGCAAUGUAAAGAUAUUUCCUUUAUCCUUGAGAUUAGGAAUGGAGAAAAGCAUUGAUUUUAAUAUUUCCUGACGUCAUGGAAGGAAGCUAUUUUGGCCCAUCAAGUCUCUGUCAGCUCACAAAGUAAUCCCAUUCCCCACCAGUGUCUUCUGUAACCUUUUCUUCCCACAUUCCCAUCAACACCUCCCAGAUUCUACCGCUCAUCCACACACUAUGGGUCAUUUACAGCAGCCAAUUAAUCUGCCAACCUGCACAUCUUUGGGAAACCCAGGCAGUCACAGGGAGAACAUGCAGAUUCCAUGCAGACAGCACCUAAGGUCAGUAUCACACCCUGGUCAGCUUUCACUGUGUUACUGCCCCUAACACUUGGCCUUAAAGGACAUGAGAGGCAGAGAGCUCAAAGGAGGGGAAAACAGAGUUCAGGGCCUUGGGCACUGAAGGCGUGGCCUUCAAAACAUGGUGUGAAGGAAAUUGAGGUUGGCCAAAAUUGGAAGAGUGCAGAUAAUUUGGAAGGGAUGCAGGCCUGGGUUAAUAAAGAGGGGCCAGGACCAUAGAGAGAUCUGAAAACAAUAUGUCUAAGCAUUUCAGCUUCCAGUAGGUUAAUCUAGGAAAAGAGAAUAUAACACCCUCCAACCUAUUCUGCUAAAAUUGUUCUUUCUUCCUCUUCCCUCCCUACCAGUUAUUUUUUUCAUCAGGCCACAAGUAAAAAUCAAGGCUUGAGAAUCACAUGCUUCUGGAUAAUGAGAUUGAUAACCAGCAAGUGUAUUUUUUUGACAUUUAAAGUCACGCUAUCUCCUGCUGCUUCCUAAUGGUGUAAUUUUCACAUUGGGACCAAAGAUUACUGUAGCCUAUCUUUUAACAAAGGCUGCAAAAGUAAUUUGAAGUGAUUAACAUUAACUUGUUCAAACCAAAUACCUUAACUCUGUAAACAGCAGAUAUCAAACUCCUUGAUUGUUCUUCACUGAUAACGUUACCAGGCUUUCACAAGGUCUUUUAUUUUCAUAAUUGAUGGAAAAGCGAAGUGUGAAGAAGUUUUAAGCUUAUAAACUGGUCUUUUUUUUAACUAUCUUUGCCCAAAUGUUAGGUGGGCAGUUUGAUGGAGGGAAGGGGAAUUAUUUGAUCGUAAUUUAGAGGAUGAGAAAGCGGUGGGGUCAGAGGAGAAGUAAGUUUUACGUCCCAUUCAGUAUUCCUCCACAGUGGCUGCAGAGUAGAACCAGUAUCACACCCCAUCUCACCAUAUUCAUGAGAGAUGGCUGAGGUUAAGAUUAUGUCUGUGAUGUGUGUUCAGGUCAAGUACAGUCACAAAGUAGUUAGGUUCCUUGUCUAGAAUCCAGAGAUGUGGGUUGUGGACUUUGAAUUUCUCUGCAGAAGGUGGGAAAUUUAAAUUCAAUUAACUAAAUCUGGAAUAAAAAGCCAAUGUCAGUAAUGGUGACCACACAUUGCCAGACUGUUGUUAAAAAUCUAUCUGGUUUAUUAAUAUAUAGGGAAGGAUAUCUUAUGACCCACCAAUAUGAUUAACUGCUCUCUGAGGAGGCACAGCAAGCCACCCAGUCUGGUCGAUUCAGGAAUCGACAGCAAAUGCCAGCAAAGCUCACACCUUAUGAAUAGAUAAGUAUAAAGUACCCCCAUGUUACUGCAGUUCAUGUAAUGAAAACCCGCCCUUACAGAAUUCACAAAAAAGUUGAGAUACAGAAUAAAAACUCGCUCUUACGGAAUUUAUGUUAGACAAAAUAAAGUGUGAAAGAAACAACAAAUUUUCUCUAUUUUUGUCAAGGGUUUGCGUUACGGAAAUCACGAUGAACAAUGUUUUCUAGGAACACAACCCCUCUGUAACACGGGACUGUACCGAAUGUACUGAGAUGACAUUUACACAACCUACUCAGAGAACGAUGAGGGGAUUUUACAGAACCCACACAGCUCUGGUGCACCAAAAGUCUGCCCUGUGAGAGAAGGAAGUUCAUCCUGGAUAUCAUAACCCAUUCCUGCAGAAUAUUCUAUCAACAGGGUGGUUGAGGCAGGUACAUUAACAACAUUUAAAAGUCACUUGGACAAGUACAUGGAUAGGAAAAGUUUAGUGGGAUAUGGGCCAAACACGGGCAAGUGGGACUAGCUUAGAUGGGAAUCUUGGACCAGUUGGGCCGAAGGGCCUGUUUCCAUGCUAGAACUCCAUAAUAUAUAGGUGAAUUGCCAAAACUGUUCGAAGAAAAUAAAAUUUCUCUGUGUUUCUUUGCAAUAAAAUCAUACUGUACUGUCUUAACUGUUGUAAAUUUAGAUUGAUCAGUUGAACUAUAUUAAAGCUAGUUGUCAUAAUGACAGUGAUGUCACACAUUGGACUGUAAAAUAUAAGAUAAUG